AUGGCAGAAGAUUGCCAACACCAACCAAACGAGAGAGGGCAUGCGAAGACCAACAAGAAGCGCAAAAAGACAUACAACACUCGGCAUUCGCUGGUCGUCACCGACCCAACUACUACUCGAGCUCUCGCUAGCUUAACUCGGGGAGAGCGGACGGGAUCCCGUGCUUCCUAG